AUGAAGCCCAUCAGUGUGUACAUCAACGUGCAGGCCAUACUUGAUGGAGCACAUGCAAAAAUUAGUUUAGUCGUGAGAUUAGUCUUGGAACAAGAGAGGAAUGAACUACAAGAAGAGAGUAGAGAAGAAAAACCUAGCGACCCUGCAGGAACGGACAGGAGAGUUUGGGAACGUCUAUCUAAAAUUUUCAAAAACCGAGAAAACUUUCUUUUACAAGUUCUGGAUCAACCUGAUUGUGAUGACUAUGUGGGCCUGCUGGCCAUUAGCACAAACAGCUUCGUUGACCAUCGGCCAUCAGGAGAGACUGGGCUCGGGGAAACCUGGUAUCGGAUCGGGCCGCCGGGGCCAGUGAUCCUUGGAGCCAUCUACAGAAUAUCAUUAAGCUAUGUGUCUUCUUCCCAUCCACAGGAGGUGCGGGAGCUGCUAUCUGGGUAUCUGGUACACAGCAUCCAGCUUCAACUGUCAAAUGGAUCAGCGCGGGUGUUACUGGCUGAGCCUGAGGUGCUGGAGACGUGGGCCAGGUCAACUCACCACACACUCAGAGGUCACAAGGUCACCAUCUCGCCCUCCAACACAGAGGGUCUUCUGUGUGUAGCCAGGCUCCCAGCAGACUGUACAGAAGAUGAGUUCGCGGGGCUGGUGGGUUCCCUCGGCGAAGUCUCGUACUGCUUCCUCAUGCGUUCUGAGAAAACAGGAGAGAGCAAGGGCUACGGCUUCAUGGAAUACGUGACAAAGGAGGUGGCACUGCAGGCCAAAUCAGUGCUGGAUGGACGGGAACUACGAGACACAGUGUUGGUCUGCGACUGGCUUGAUCCCAGUCACGUCACCUUUGCCUCCCUCCACUCCACCUGCCUCUACGUUGACCACCUUCCAAAGGACUAUAGGGACAUGGGCGAGUUCAGAAGAGUCUUUAGUAAAGUCACCAAUCCGCCAUACUGCCAGAUCGCUAUGCGCAAUGGGGCGCUGCAGGACUGGGGUCUAGUGGAGUAUAUUGACUCAGAAGACGCAGAAGAGACUCAGAUCUCCCUCAACAACUACAAGCUGCGCGGCCACAGCAUCCGCGUCCAGUAUUGCAUCCCUGGUGUCAGGGCCAUCAACAUUUACAUGAAAAUCCUCAACGACCCGAACACCACCACCAACAACAAUGCCACUACCCCCACCAAGAACAAUUAUAGGAAUGGUUAUAGCAAGAAUGGUGUCAAACCCACCAAGACACCAUUGCUGCCGACACCAGCAUCUGGGAACUACUGCGGAAGUUCAUGGGAUGAAGGAGGCGCAGGGGGAGGUGGGGGAGAGAGCGAGGGAGGUUUGGCCCCUCUACUUUCUGGUCUUUUGACCAGUUUACCUGGUAUUAACAGCGUCAAGGCAAGCAAGGAUGACUUGCAGGGAACAAUCUCUACAUUGUUGUCCAACGCCCACAGUCUGCAGCAGCUGCUGGGAUCCCUCACUCCAAUGGAGCAACAGCAGCAGCAUCAAGCUCCCCCACCCCCGCCCCCGCCCGUUGCCGUUAGCCACCCACCAAUGGUCUCUGCUGCUACCAUGCUGCCCCACACCCACAUUACCACCUCCGUCCCACCACCUAUGUAUCCUACAAAUCCCCUGAUGUCCAUGCUGCUUACAGCAGCCGGCCAUUCUCCCAAAGCUGCUCUUCUGGGUGAAGGACCUCUUCGUCCUGAUCAUCCCCCAGCUUACCUUUCCCCUCACCUGGCACCCCCAGCUAUUGAACAACCUCCCCACCUUGCACCCCCUACCAUGGAGCAGCCACCACCUCCACCACCACCUAUAUCUUCUGCCCCAGCAUUCCUAUUUGCAUCACCUGUGUCCUCCAGAGUGACUACCACCUGGUCCCCCCCACCCAUGGCACCCCCACCAACACUUAUCCAAGCACCUAUCCUGCACCCUGCCGCACUACCCCAUCCUCGUCUUAUCAAUCCCCUGUACCUUACUGCGGCCAAGAGCAUGGGGCCACCCCCACACAAUUUUGGCCCCCCUGGGUAUAGCACGCCUAUCGGCCAGAAACGGAAGUCCAACCACAUUCUGCCAUCUCCAGAGCCCAGCCCAGAGAACGGAUACGUGGGGCAGCACUCACAGGGUAUCGGUGGCCACUAUGCGGAUUCAUACCUCAGCAAGAAAAUGAAGAAACAUUGAGAAUGCGGCUCCACACGCCAUGCAAACACACAGACAUUACAUUUACUCGAUAACAUGGUAUUACAUAGCUCUUAGAGGGUUUCUUCCAAUUUAAAUAUACAGACGUAUUGCAUUAUUCUGUGCUUUUAAUUUGAAGAGUAUAAGGUGCCCACAGGUGAAACAGACAAGCUGUCGCUGAUAUCCCUCGGACACCCACAGAAUACGCCCACAGUUUUGAUACAUGUUGGGACCAGCUUCAUGAAGACAAGGUUAUAGGGACAACUACGGCAUGGGCUUUUUAGAGGCAUUCUAGUAAGUCUUUUAGAAGACUGAGUAUAUUGGGGAACGUAUACUGUUUAGUUUCAUGAUUAUAUUUAAGAGUAUUAUAAACAGGUGUAUAGCAGGACAAGCAGCUGAGGACUGUUGGCAUUAUAGUUGGAUACAAGUUAUACAGUUUACUGUAUAAUACAUUAUAAAACUGAGUGUAUGGCAGAUUAUACUGAACUCUGUAUAAAGCCAACACACAUAUAGGGUUCUGUAUAAUUACAUAUACAGUUCUGUU